GGUUAGGUUUCCGAGCGCGGGGAACGGAACGGGACGGCAGAUUCUGGGGAAGAAAUGGCGGACGUGCAGUCGCCGCCGCCGCCGCCGCCGCCGAGCGGCCAGCGGCGGCUCGUCGGGCCAGCGCCGGACGCCCUGGGCUCGCUCCCCCUCGACGUCCUCGACAGCAUCCUCUCCCGCCUCCACAUCCACGACGUGGUCCGCACCUCCGCGCUGUCCCGAUCGUGGCGCCGCCGCUGGGAGUCGCUCCCCACCGUCGACCUCACGCGGAGCCCCGGCAUCAGCGCCUCCGACGUGGACGCGCUGCUCCUCCGCCGCACCGCGCCCGCCCGCUCCUUCCGCCUCGCCACGCGCGACCGCUCCUGGUCCCCUACCGCCUUCCACGACUGGCUCCUCCGCCUCUCCCGCGGCGGUGGCGGCGGCGGCCUCCGCGACCUGGAGCUGACCCUCCGGUACACGUACAUCAACAGCAAGCUCAACUCCUGCCUCUUCUCCUUUCGCGAGCUCACCUCGCUGAGACUCCACUGCUGCGGCCUCCCGCACGUGCCCACUGAGUUCGCCGGGUUCCCGAAUCUGAAGACGAUGUACCUCUCGGUGGUCAAAGUUCAGAGGCACGGGGGAAGGGGGUUGGCCACCCUGAUUGCUGCAUCGCCGGUGCUCCAGGAGGUGACUCUCAUCGACGUAGUGCUCAUUGGAGAUGGACCCGACGAAGAUUGGGUGAUUCGGGCUUCCAAUCUGCGGAAAUUGACGAUAGCUCUUGGCUCUGAAUAUGGUGGCCGGAUGGAAGACCUUCCACGGCUGGAGGAAUGUUGUCUCUUUGGCCUGAAUUAUGCCAAAUACUUGACGGGGAUGGCGCGAGUCACCAAGCUCACUUUCUACUGCAAUUGCAUGUUGUCAACUGAAGUUGACGUGCUGGAGCGAUUGCCGUUCCUGUUUGAGAACCUUAGAAGCUUAAUCCUUGGAGUGAAUUUUUGUAUGAUGUCUCACAUCUUGGCUAUUUUCUGCCUACUUAGAAGUGCGCCUGUUCUUGAAGAACUCGAUGUUUGGAAUUGGAGUGAGGGUGCCCAGGAAAUGGAAGCAAAUGAUGUGUUCUUGAAUGCUCAGUGGAUCAAUCAUAUGUUUGCCAAACUUCAUGUUGUGCGCAUGAAGAAGGUUUAUUGCCUCAAUAAUGAGAUGCACUUUAUAGAGUUCAUUCUGUCCAAGGCAAGAGUACUGCGAGUGCUUUCCCUCACUCUUGCGUCUGAUUCCCUGAGCAGUAUUGAGGAAGCAAUUAUUGAUAUAACAGAAUAUCCAAGAGCAUCACCUGAUGCGCAGGUCAUCUUCAUGGGUGUAGAGCCAGAAUCUGCAAAUAAUGAUAUGAAUGGUUUCCUGGAUUUAUCCGCUGAGUUUCCUGACGUGGAGGAGGAAGAGACAUCAGGCUUAGGAUCGCUGGAUACUGUACACCCUCGGAGAAGGCAGCGAUCCAACGGGGAGUCUGUAGCUCAGCUGCAGCUGCUUCAGGAGCAGCUGCAAGAGCUGGAAAAGGAGAAGGAUCAGCACCACAAGCCUACGGUGGAAGAAUUGAAAGAGAUUAUCCAGGAGGGUAAAAAAAACGCAAUUAAAUUUCAAAAUUACUUCGAAUCUACCAUCCAGUCUCUGUCUAAGCAACACGACCUUAGCCAAUUUAGGCUUCCCCCAUUGCCAGAGUUCCCAUCGGAGCUGUCAUCUCAUCCGGUCACCACCAGACCAGGAGACACUCCUGUCGAUCCUGCUGACAAUGUUGCUGCUAAUGUACCUGAGGAUUCUCGAGAAGGCCAUGCUACUUCUGGUGAUGCUGAUGUUCAUGUCCGUUCUCCAAUAGACUUCGUUGCCAAAUGUGUUGGGAAUGGUUGUGCAGAAUCUCCAGAAGACCAAAUCUGACGAGAGUUUCAUGAUUCUAGCCAUUUCUGUACUUCCUUUUGAUGUGAAAUUUUUAGUUCUUGACACCCCUCGAUGGUGGAACUUAACAGCUAGGUUAUGAUCUGUUGAUAAACAUUGCAUAGCCAAUUUAGUCGGGUAAGGGAAGGCAGCGACAGUUUUUGGAUGAACAAAUACACAAAUUCACGAUGGUACUCUAGUUAUAGAUUGACAGCCUUUGGAUGAACAAAGACUGCUUUUGGAAUUGACAUUUGGGUUCACACUGCA